GCGCCAUGUCUCACGGUCCCACGAGCUACCCCGGCCCUCGAGGAUGCCCGCGAUGCCGAACGGUGGGCGGCAAAUGGAAAUCAUUCCAGCUUGAUUUCAGGUGAAGUGCAUCGACCCGACGAAUUUCGCCCAACGAAUACGGCCAAUGCACCCACCAGUAGGAGCUAUGACAUGCGCCCUUCUGUUUUUUGUUUGGUUUUUCAGGAUUUUAUGUUUUUUACGGAAGUUACGAUUAAUGGCUUGAGGGACCACGGUUACUCAAAUUAUGUUUCAAAUGACACGAACAUCAAGGCAUACGGAUCUCAUCAACAUAGCCAAUCGUGCGUGGUACACUCGCUUUGUUCACAUCUUGUCCUUCAGUCUAAGCCUCGCCAUGCCUGUCCAUGUCAAGGGGGAGACCUAGGUACAAAUAUCUCUACCCAGACCACCACAACGAAAUGGUUGAAAAAGCUGGACUUUUCUUGGUUGUUAUUUUUGGUUGUUUUUCUUGGUCUUUCUGUGCGCAUGCUGCGGUUGGUGUAAUAUCGCUGGGCGGUUUAUAUACACUGUAUGGUGUGGCAUCUUGGUUUUUGUCUUUAUGUUUAUGAUUUUGAUGAUUGGUAGAGUUGGAUCAUUCUUUGUGGCCAUUGGUCUUGGGGUUGAGCAUUGUGUCUGAAUUGAGAUAUAUAUUUGGCUGUUAUGGCUUACGGCA